UAACUCAAAAUGCAUAUUUUAACGUCUGUUUCUCUUUCUCUCAUAACAUUUUUGGUUCAAAAGUCCUAGACUUUUAGCUUAGUGAAAGACCUGUUUUGGUGGGUCUCUUUGCUGUGGACUAUGUUGGUGGCUUCAGUUGAGGCCUAAGAGACGGAGAAACACAUCCUUUUCUUAUGUAAACUCAGAAAAAUAAAGAUGAAGGAUAUAUGGGCUAUGUUUUGUGCUGCCGAAUCUGAUGGUUCAAAAUUUGAGCUUUGGAAUCACCUUUCUUCAUGUUCCAACAAUGCUUUGAUGAUCUUCUUUGAUGUUGUUCUUUUCAUCAUGCUCUUUAUCACCAUGAUUAAAAAACCAUCCUCAAAGCUGGGUCAUGUUCCAUCUUGGUUUCAAGGCCUUUCCUUUCUUCAGAUAGUCUCAGUUGUCUUCAACAUCUGUCUCGGAUUGUCCUUUCUGUUCUUUGGAUUCAGCAUAUUAGAAGAGAAUUUAAAGAAAAAUCAAACUGCUGUGCCUUUGCAUCAAUGGUUGCAAGCAUUAUUUCAAGGCUUCACUUGGUUAUCUGUGGCCUUGACAGUAAGUAUCAAAGCGAAACAGCUUCCAAGAGCACCUGUUCGGCUGUUGUCCAUUCUAGUUAGCUUGUUUGCUGGAUUUGCUUGUGUUCUGUCUUUGUUUGCCGCACUUUCAAACAAACAAGUAACCAUUAAGAUAGCUUUAGAUGUUUUAUCUCUUCCAGGAGCUGUUCUUUUACUCUUAUGUGCUUAUAAGAGUUCUAAAUUUGAAGAGAGUGAUGAGGAUGUUGUCACUCAAAAUGGUCUUUAUACACCUUUGAAUGGUGAGCCUAAUAACAUUGAUAAAGGUGGCCAUGACUCAGUUACCCCAUUUGCCAAAGCUGGAUGGUUCAGCAAGUACACAUUUGGGUGGCUACACUCGUUGAUGAAAAUGGGAAAAGAGAAAACUCUCGAGGAAGAAGAUAUACCGAGGCUGCGAGAAGCUGAUAGAGCAGAAAGUUGCUAUCAAAUGUUCUUGGAGCAAUUGGAGAAACAAAAACUCAAGGAUCCUUCUUCUCAACCAUCAGUGUUGAAGAUAAUACUUUUAUGCCACUGGAAAGAGAUUUUCAUAUCAGGGUUCUUUGCUUUAAUUAAGAUUUUGACUCUCUCUGCUGGUCCUUUGCUUCUUAAUGCGUUCAUUUUGGUAGCUGAAGGAAAAGAAAGUUUCAAGUAUGAAGGUUCUAUAUUAGCCUUUACUCUUUUCAUUUCAAAGAGCCUUGAAUCCAUCUCACAAAGACAGUGGUUCUUUAGAAGUAGACUUACUGGUCUGCAAGUGAAAUCAUUGCUCACUGCAGCCAUUUACAAGAAGCAACUGAGAUUAUCUAACUCUUCGAAGCUUAUUUAUUCUAGUGGUGAGAUUAUGAAUUAUGUUACUGUGGAUGCCUAUAGGAUUGGGGAAUUUCCAUAUUCGUUCCAUCAGACUUGGACUACUAGUCUCCAAAUCUGUAUUGCCUUAGUGAUUCUCUUCGAAUCAGUUGGAUUGGCGACGAUUGCAGCGUUGGUGGCAAUAAUUUUUACUGUGAUAUGCAAUGCUCCACUUGCUAAGCUACAGCACAAGUUUCAGGUGAGGCUUAUGACAGCUCAAGAUGAGAGGUUGAAAGCUCUCUCUGAGGCUCUUGUGAACAUGAAGGUGUUGAAACUAUAUGCAUGGGAAACUCACUUCAAGAAUAAUGUGGAAAGUUUGAGGAAGGUAGAGUUGAAAUGGCUAUUGGCAGUGCAGUUUCGAAAAGCAUACAAUUCCAUUCUACUCUGGGCAUCUCCUGUUUUGGUCUCUGCUGCAACAUUUGGAGCAUGUUACUUUCUCAAAGUACCCCUGCGCGCCAACAAUGUCUUCACAUUCCUAGCAACUUUACGCCUUGUUCAGGAUCCUGUUAGAUCAAUACCUGAUAUAAUUAGUGUGGUGAUUCAAGCAAAGGUUGCAUUUUCACGAAUUGUGACUUUUCUUGAGGCCCCAGAACUACAGAUUACAAAAGACAAUCAAAUGUUCAACCUGGAGAGUGGGGACAAAGCCAUAAUUUGUAACUCGGCUGAUUUUUCAUGGGAAGAUAAUUUAUCAAAGCCAACUCUGAGAAACAUAAAUUUAAAUGUUAGCACUGGCGAAAAGGUGGCUAUAUGUGGAGAGGUUGGCUCAGGGAAAUCAACUCUUUUGGCUGCAAUUCUUGGUGAAGUUUCAAAUGUUCAAGGCAGUAUUCAAGUUUGCAGAAAUAUUGCCUAUGUCUCUCAGACGGCAUGGAUCCAAUCAGGCACCAUACAAGACAAUAUUUUGUUUGGCUCCCCUAUGGAUGGUCUAAGGUACAGAGAAACACUAGAGAGAUGUUCACUAGUGAAGGAUUUUGAACUGUUGCCUUAUGGUGACUUGACCGAAAUUGGAGAAAGAGGAGUGAAUUUGAGUGGUGGCCAGAAACAGCGAAUCCAACUUGCUCGAGCACUUUAUCAAAAUGCUGAUGUAUAUCUUUUGGAUGAUCCAUUCAGUGCUGUUGAUGCACAUACUGCUACAAGCUUAUUUAAUGAAUAUGUUAUGGAAGCACUAUCAAACAAGACAGUCAUGCUUGUGACCCAUCAAGUUGAUUUCUUACCUGCAUUUGAUUCUGUUUUGAUAAUGUCUGAUGGGGAAAUUUUAGAAUCAGCUCCUUACCAUCAAUUAUUGUCAACAAGCAAAGAGUUUCAAGACCUUGUGAAUGCACAUAAAGAGACUGCGGGUUCUGAAAGGCUUGCUUAUGUAAAUACCACAGAGAAACUUGGAACAUCUAGUAAGGAAAUCAAAAAGAGUUUUACAGAAAAGCACUUCCAAGUAUCUACAGGAGAUCAGUUGAUUAAGCUAGAAGAAAGAGAAAAAGGGGACACAGGAUUUAGGCCUUACAUACAAUAUCUGAGUCUGAACAAAGGGUACUUGUACUUUAUCAUCUUAACUACCUGUCACCUUAUAUUCGCCAUUGGUCUGAUGUUGCAGAACUCUUGGAUGGCUGUUGGUGUAGAAAAUCCUCAUGUCAGCACAUUGAAGUUAAUCCUGGUUUACUUGUUGAUUGGAAGUUGCUCCUUAUUAGUUUUGCUUUUCAGAUCCUUUGCUAUAGUUUAUUUGGGUAUUGAAUCCUCAAAAUCUCUAUUUUCCCAACUACUAAAUUCCCUUUUUCGAUCUCCAAUGUCCUUUUACGACUCCACACCAGUGGGAAGGAUACUUAGUCGGGUUUCAUCUGAUCUGAGUAUAGUUGAUAUGGAUGUCGCAUUUGGCAUAUUCUUUGCUGUUGGAUCUUCCAUCAAUUGUAUUUUUAAUCUUGGAGUACUAGCUGUUAUCGCUUGGCAAGUCUUGUUUGUGUCAUUACCAACUAUUUAUCUGGCCCUUCUGUUGCAGAAAUAUUACUUUGCUACUACUAAAGAACUUACGCGUAUCAACGGCACAACAAAGUCCUUUGUAGCUAACCAUCUUGCGGAAUCUGUGGCUGGAGCCACAACAAUUAGAGCCUUUAAAGGAGAAGAACGCUUUUUCAAGAAAAGUUUAGAGCUCAUUGACAUAAAUGCUAGCCCAUUUUUUCAUAGUUUUGCAGCAAAUGAAUGGUUAAUCCAAAGAUUAGAAACACUCAGUGCAACAAUUCUUGCUUCUGCAGCAUUCUGUAUGGUCCUUCUCCCCCCUGAAACUUUAACCUCUGGAUUUAUUGGAAUGGCCCUAACGUAUGGUCUAUCCAUGAACAUUUCUGUGGCGAAUUCUAUUCAAAGGCAAUGUACUCUCACAAAUUACAUGAUUUCAGUAGAAAGGUUAAACCAAUACAUGUGCCUACCAAGUGAGGCUCCUGAAGUGAUCAUAGAUAAUCGCCCCCCAACCAAUUGGCCUAAUGUGGGGAAAGUAGAGAUAAAUAAUUUACAGAUCAGAUAUAGAGCCAACUCCCCCCUUGUUAUUCGCGGGAUUAGUUGCACAUUUGCAGGAGGGCAUAAGAUUGGCAUAGUUGGUCGAACAGGGAGUGGGAAGACUACUUUAGUAGGAGCUUUGUUUCGUCUGGUGGAGCCAACUGAAGGGAGUAUAGUAGUUGAUGGCAUUGACAUAUGCACAAUAGGACUCCAUGAUUUGAGGUCACGCUUGGGAGUAAUACCUCAAGACCCCACUCUAUUUAAUGGGACUGUUAGAUACAAUUUGGACCCCUUAUCUCAACAUUCUGACCAUGAAAUAUGGGAGGUUCUUGGAAAGUGUCAACUUAAAGAAGCUAUUGAGGAGAAAGGUGGUCUGGACUCGUCAGUUGCGGAUGAUGGCUCAAAUUGGAGCAUGGGACAAAGACAGUUGUUCUGUUUGGGGAGAGCUCUACUAAGGAGAAGUAGGAUAUUGGUGCUUGAUGAAGCAACUGCUUCCAUUGACAAUGCCACUGAUAUGAUUCUACAAAAAACCAUUAGAAUUGAGUUUGCUGAGUGCACUGUCAUCACAGUAGCUCACCGAAUACCGACUGUGAUGGAUUGCACCAUGGUUCUUGCCAUGAGCAAUGGAAAAAUAGUGGAGUAUGACGAGCCAAUGACGUUGAUGAAGAAAGAAGGAUCACUUUUCGGAAAGCUGGUGAACGAAUACUGGUCUCAUUUGCAAUCUGCUGAAUCACAUGGAUAAUAAUUACAUUAAAAUUGCAAGUCAAGGAGACAUUAUAAUGAUUUUCCACUCAAAAUGGUGACAUGAUAUCUCUACCAGUUUUCAUCAUUGCCUAGGGAAUAUUUCUUGUAUGAAUAAUAAGUUAAAUCUUCUUUAAUCGAUUCACGGUUGAUUUUCCA